GGCAGCUAGCUCACUGAACAGCGCAGACAUCCGAUUUUGUCAACUUCCUACCAACCACUUGAGCGAGGUCCAAGUUUACUUGCGAGUUCUCGUCCAGCUUCUGGAUGGAUGUUUACAGCAGCUCCCCUCUUCGCUUUCACUCAACAUUGGACCGUGACACAUGCGUGCACACAACACCUACGUGCUCCUCCUUCUUACAACAACGAAUGCACGUUCUGCUCUUCGACCUUUAUUCUAGCUUUUCAACAUAGCCAGCCCAGUUCACCCUAUGCGGUCGCCCAUUCGCAGUCCUCAAAAAGACUCCAUCCCGUCACCCACCAGGCUGUCCGUGUGCAGCUGAGCGCUUGUGCCGAACCUCGUUCACCCCGCCCCCAGGCCGCAGGCCAUCACUGCCCGUCUACCCACAAUACAACGGAACCCACUGUCUACCUAAAAGAACACCUCAGGUGGCGGCCAAAAGAAGUUCUGCCGUGCGCAAAGGUUUGCACAGCUGCAUACCGCCCGUGGCAUUGAACAACUAGACGGAACCGACCAUACUUUUAGUUUUCGAACAAGGAAAAACGGAGAUUGUUUGAUCCCGGCGACCACAGAGCUUCUAAAACUGGCUUUGAUCGACAUCGAUGUCGGCGCGUCCAGUUUACACCACUAGUUAGCUUAAGGUCUUUCUGUCAUCUUGCUCGGCGACAAUCUUCAAGUCCCAAGUCCAGUCCAGUCCCCUUGGUCUUCCGUGCGCGCCAACUCGAGCGGACCUUUCUCUCGGUGUCCAGGUCCAUAGCAUCGCGACGGUGAACCCGACAAUAGCAGCUCUCGACGACAGUGACGACGAUUCCACGAACGCGAAUCAGCCAGCCACAGCAUCGAUUGGCGACCCUUUUUCGAGUGCUGCGCAAGCUUCAGUCGUAUCUCCAAGAAUUGGCUUUUGUUCAGUAUUCAGACGGAACCCGGCCCAUCGACAGACCAAUUGGAACACCGAUCUAUGCCGAACGCCAAUCCGUAGGAAAGUCGAAACUGGUUGGAGAGUUGUCACGAUAAUAUGGAGGCUUCAUCGCCCCUGGCCGCGAUUCGGCCUGCUCCGCCGUCCUUCAGCCAGCCAGAAGUGCUUGGACCGCGCAAUGGCAACUUGGCGCCACCAACAGGUCUCUUCAACUUCAAGCGAUCCAAUGCGGACUUGUUCAACACCAAACAUGCAGGAAGGUCUUCGCCUAAGGGUUCGCUGGUCGCCGGGUCGUCAGAAAACUUCAAGCUCAAUGAAGCAGGUAGCCCGUUACCUCCGACACCACGGCGUGCGCUGUUCACCUCAACAGGUAUUGAAAACGCGGUUGAAGGUCGUGGGUAUGCAACCACGCCGCCGCCUCCUGCAUCUUCGUCACCUGCAGUUAACAGGUUGGACAUGUCUCCGGUACCGAUCAAGGCACCUUUCCUGUCACGUCUCGCCGCUAGUCCUUCUCCGGCUGCAGUGGAUUCUGGCGAUGAAGACACACUACCAGACUCACCUGCUGCUGUGCGGCAGCUGUCUCAAGAAUCCAAGGGAAUCGGUGCCGAGCGAAGGAGACUUGGCUUGUCUCGUCCACCUCUGGCCCGGGCCAAAGGUUAUAGCACGAGUAGUAUACCCGGGCGCUCCAACGGUUCGGGGUCGGGGCUGCCGCCCUUCCGCUUCGGUGCCCGGAACCUCAAGGUACCCAUCUCCCCUUCGGUGUCGUUGUCAUUGAGCGAAUGUUUCGAGGAAUCACCCCCGCAGGAGCGCCGGACACCUGUCUUGCCGGGUAGUCCAUGCUCUAAUGCAGCGGCAGCGCGCUGCAAGACUCAUUUUGGCAGCGGCAGCAGCAUUAACAGCGUUCGCAAACGUUCUCCCACCAACAAUGCCCGCACACCUUCGAACCCCUUUGCCCGGCAAAGGAAAACAUUCCGCCGCUCGCUGUCCAUGUUUGAGAGUCCGGGCGACAUUGUCAAGCCUAAGGAGCGCACAUCUCUUCCAUCUAGUCUCAAGUCUGUCGUGGAUGUCAACGAACCUCAGGAGCCUUUAUUGCCACAUUUUUUCCCUUCAGGCGAGAACGAUUCUAUCCCACGCAUCAGCCGAGACACAUUGCUCGAAGUGCUUGACGGCAAGUAUGGUAGUCAGUACUCGCACAGGAUGAUUAUUGACUGCCGCUUCGAGUACGAGUAUGAAGGUGGCCACAUUGACGGGGCCAUCAAUUACAAUGACAAGGAGCUUUUGGCGAGACAUCUGUUCGAGACCCCUAUGGAAGGGCGCACGCUCUUGAUUUUUCAUUGCGAAUAUUCAGCCCAUCGCGCGCCCAUCAUGGCCCGCCACAUACGAUCCGAAGACCGCACUAUCAACGCCGAAUUUUAUCCUAAACUCACGUACCCCGAUGUUUACAUCUUGGACGGAGGCUAUAGCGGAUUCUUCCAGAAUCACCGGGAACGUUGCUGCCCUCAAGCGUAUAUCGAGAUGAAUGACGCCGAACAUGUCAACACGUGCGAGCGAGAAAUGGGCCGUCUACGCCAGACCCGUAAGGGCUUUAGUAGGGCCCAGACCUACGCAUUCGGGCAGCGUGAACGCAAGUCCGACAAAUUCGAGGCUGUUUCGCCAACCGCGCCGGGCCGCAAGGUUUCUCGGGAUGAUGAGGAGGACAUGAUAGGAGCAUCGCCCAUUCUCGGCAAUGACCGAAGCCAUUCUAGGCGCAUGGCUACUUUCUGAAGCCGAGAAAUGGCAUGUCCAGGCAUGAACAGAGCACCACCGUUGAUAUCGGCUGUGAUUUGCCACAAUGGAGAGCGUCUGACCUCGCGCUCGGGACCCUGGGGCCUGGAUAAUACUUGAUCGUGGGCUGUUGCGAUCAAGAUGUACAAAUGGUGUACUUGAACAUAUGGCCAACAAAGUUGCCCACUAACGACAUACCCCUACGAAAAUAUCUGCUUUCGGCUGUUAUGUUUCUCUUGGGAGUUUCUUCUUUAUACUUUCUUCCUAUACCCCAAGACUUUCAGCACCGCAGCCUCUGUGGCAACGUAUAGAGCUAGACCUGUCGCUCGAUGGUGAUCAUCGAUACUCCCCUGCUCUGCAUCGGUUAGAGUAGUAUCUCACGCUGAGCGUUCAAGAUUCCUUCUAUAUCAUAACCCGUACGGGAAAUACCACAGCGAAAGCAAAUCAAGCAAAACAACAUAUUGUCCGUCCUUGAUGUUGACUGUACCAGUGCUUUGGCCAGACUCGAAACUCGAUGAAGACCCAUGGGUGGUCGAAUCAAUCAUAUAAUGUCACAACUAGGGCGUAUUGUGACUUGCCCAACAAGGAGCCGUGAACGGGAAAGUUACGGAGGGAUGUACGCAUCGAUGGGAACAAAGGCUAGGCGAGUCUAAGAGUAUAGCGGGGUGGUCAUACUUCGAUGUGAGGUAAUAAUGUAAGUCAGAGUAGUAGAAUGGGUGUGAGAGCUUGAAGGUUGUUCAAUGGGAGCAUCUACUGGUAUGCAGUGCCUCUCGGUGCAGUCAUAAUAAAUUAGGGCUAAAGGUGUGACACGCUGUGUAAGACGUAAGUGACAACACA